CACCAGAUGGCGAUGAAGCCUUUUUUUUAGCCUACCGCCACAAAACAACAAGCACUAAAGAAGAAAUUGUAAGAGGAAGGUCCUACUAACCAUCCUGCUGCAAAGUUCAGUGUCUCGUUGCUGUCAUGGCCUUUUUGUGCAGAAAUGCAGCUUUGCUCCUGAAGUCCUCCAGAGCAGCGCCGGCCCUGCUGUCCGCCAGCCGCCUCUACAGCUCAGGUGGUCAGUAUGAGUAUAUUUUGGUGGAAAAGCGAGGUGACAAGAACAGCGUAGGCUUCAUUCAGCUGAACCGACCCAAGGCUCUCAACGCUCUCUGUGACGGUCUAAUGAAGGAGCUGGGUCAGGCGCUGGACGCCUUUGAAGCCGACAAAGACGUCGGAGCUGUUGUCAUCACUGGCAGCGAGAGAGCCUUUGCUGCUGGAGCAGAUAUCAAAGAGAUGCAGAAUCGAACUUUUCAGGAAUGUUAUGGUGGGAACUUUCUGGCUCACUGGAACAGAGUGUCCACAGUGAGGAAACCUGUAAUCGCAGCCGUUAAUGGAUUUGCUCUGGGUGGAGGCUGUGAGCUAGCCAUGAUGUGUGACAUCAUCUACGCUGGAGAGAAGGCGCAGUUUGGCCAACCAGAGAUCCUGCUGGGGACCAUCCCAGGGGCGGGAGGUACUCAGCGCCUGACUCGUGCUGUUGGCAAAUCCCUGGCAAUGGAGAUGGUACUAACAGGAGACAGAAUUAAUGCUCAGGAGGCCAAACAGUCAGGUUUGGUGAGUAAAAUUUAUCCUGUGGACCAGCUCAUACCUGAGGCUGUUAAAUGUGGGGAGAAAAUUGCUGCCAAUUCCAAACUGGUCAGCUCCAUGGCUAAAGAAGCUGUGAAUGCAGCUUAUGAACUGACUUUGGCUGAAGGAAAUCGCUUGGAAAAGCGUUUGUUCCAUGCUACCUUUGCAACGGAUGACCGUAAGGAAGGCAUGACUGCAUUUGUGGAGAAAAGAAAAGCUAAUUUCCAGGACCAGUAAAUAAAACGUUCAAAGAAGAUCAUUGGGUUUUGGCAGUCAGUUGAUCACUCCCUCACUGGUAAUGCAUUGUGUAAUGAGAUCCUGAUUGUAUACCAGCUGGAAAUUAUAAACAGUGAAGUGACAAGUGUCCUAUCAUAGCCCGCUGUGGCCAACUGUUAACAAAGUGCUGUUUUGGAUCAGGAGACGUGAUUGUGAUGGUGAUUUGAAAACUGUUUCAUAGUCUGUGUGUACAGGAAGGAUGAAGCUGGAUGAAUAAUUUGUACUAAUUCUGCCUUUUCGGUUUUCAAAUGUUUGUAGCAGUUUAUUGUGUGUGCAUUUUGCAAAUAAAGCAAAAUAACAAUUUUCAACAAUAA